AUGUCUACCCGCGUGAAUCUUGCCAUCCUCCUAGUAUCGACUGCGGUAUACCUUGGGCAAUUAGCAAAUGCUUUGCCGUCGCCUCUUGCCACUCGCGUUAAAACACUUGAGAUCGGUAACUUCAAGCAGCUGAACUCCAUCCGCGUCCUCGUACUGGCUAUCUACUCCUGCACUCUUGCCUUUAUCUUCUCGGCCGGUCUCCUCAUCAACGCGUGGGACUUCACCACCGAAGGCCGUUGCCGCGCUGCCAUUGAUCUCUGCCUCGUUUUCUACGUUGGUAGCAAGGUCUGCCUAUACCUCUUCCUGGUGGAGCGAGCGCACCAGCUUGUGGCGACAAAGCUUCCAAGACUCCGCGACGCCAUCUACCUUCUGGGAAUCGCCAUCGUAGUCUUCGGCUUCGGUGUGCUAGCUGUCUUUGCCUUCAUCCAUCCGGUCACCUCCCUCUCCCAUAUCGACGGCAAAUGCCGCAUCGGCCUUCCUCUCGUCAUCACCAUCCCACUCCUAUCUUACGACAUCAUCAUCAACUUCGCCCUCACCUUCGUCUUCGUGAUGCGAGGUGCGCGUCUGGUCAAGAUCCGAAACUUCCAACACGCUCUGCAUUGCAUCGCCAUGGCUCUGCCCUUCCGCAAAGUGCCCGGUCUGCGCGACCCCGUCAUCGCGUGCGAGUUCUUCAUGGGCAGAUCCGGACUGGGCGCCUCAGCCAUCAUCUUGCCGACCAUCGCAAACCUUGUCAUCCUUUUCGCUUUGAACGGACACGAAAACGGUUGGCUCUGCUUCACCAUAUGCACCAUUGACAGUAUGUUCCUCGUCGCUUGCCCCGUUCUACGGGCUUGCUCCCCGUAUGACAGUACUAAUGGAUCUACAGUCACAUGGAGUGCGUCCAUCAUCCACUGGCUGACAUCCACAAAAGACGACCUGGGCGCCGGUCCCACACGCGCUCCUGCCGCUGUUGGCCAGGGUGAGGGGGAGUACCAUGAGAUGCGCUGA